AGCUCGCCGCUAUGCUCGGCCACCACCACCGAAGCAGCAAAACCGAUCGUUUCCUCCUCGAUUACAACGCCGAUGAACUACGAAUCGCCGGUGAAUUUCUAUCUAACUGGUUCCCCUUUCUCUCCCUUGACUUCUGCAGCAGCUGUACGCAUACGCUUUCCCGUCGUAUCCGAUUCCUCGGACGUGAAGCUGUUGGUGAUGCAGAACAACUGAAGCAACACGAGAAUUUCACAGUUUUGACUCCAGAACUUCCUGAUUCUAAUGGCUGUAACGGAAAUCUUGACAAUUGUUACAGCAAUUCACUUGGGAGUUGGCAAGAUUGUGUUGUCUUAAAUGGUACUGCAGAUACAAACUCAUUGGGUAGUUGGAAAGACGGUGCAGUUGUGCAAGGGCCUUCUGCUGAGGCAUUGGCACGCAGGAAUAAAUCAGAUAGUUAUGUAGGUGGUGCAGAUCGGUCACUUCUGAGUUUGAAAGGUUAUGCUGACUUAAACGAUACUGCAGAUACAAACUCAUUGGGUAGUUGGAAAGACGGUGCAGUUGUGCAAGGGCCUUCUGCUGAGGCAUUGGCACGCAGGAAUAAAUCAGAUAGUUAUGUAGGUGGUGCAGAUCGGUCACUUCUGAGUUUGAAAGGUUAUGCUGACUUAAACGAUACUGCAGAUACAAACUCAUUGGGUAGUUGGAAAGACGGUGCAGAUGUGCAAGAGCCUUUUGAUGAGGCAUUGGCGCCCAGGAACAAAUCAGUUAACUAUGUAGGUGGUGCAGAUCGCCCACUUGGGAGUUGGAAAGACUGUGCUGACUUAAAUGAUACUGCAGAUACAAACUCAUUGGGUAGUUGGAAAGACGGUGCAGAUGUGCAAGAGCCUUUUGAUGAGGCAUUGGUGCCCAGGAACAAAUCAGAUAGUUAUGUAGGUGUUGCAGAUCGCUCACUUGGGAGUUGGAAAGAUUGUGCCGACUUAAAUGAUACUGUAGAUACAAACUCAUUGGGUAGUUGGAAAGACGGUGCAGAUGUGCAAGAGCCUUUUGAUGAGGCAUUGUCGCCCAGGAACAAAUCAGAUAAUUAUUCAGGUGGUGCAGAUCACUCAUCAAGACCUGUUAAAGAGACAUCGAGAAGUAAAACUUUCCGUUCAUCGAGACCUGCAGCAAUCUGGACAAUGAAAAUGCCAUUGGCAGAUAUGUCUCAGGAGGAUGAGCUUGAUGCUGAAGAGAUUAGUGAGUCAAGUAUCCGUAGUAGCCAGUUACGUAAUGGAAAUGGUGUGAACAAAGAGGAAACUUCUGUACAGGGGGCUAAGCCAAAAAUGGAGUUGUCUAGGGAGCAUAGAGAGCACAUUCGGUUUUGUAAUGUAAAGAGGAAAAAGGAUUUCAUUUGUUUGGAGAGGGUUAAUGGGAAGAUUGUGAAUAUACUUGAUGGGUUGGAGCUACAUACUAGUGUCUUCAGCAUGGCUGAGCAAAAUAGGAUAGUUAAAUUUGUGGAGAAACUUGAGGAGAUGGGGAGGAGUGGACAGUUAAAAGAGCGAACUUAUACAGCGCCACAGAAAUGGAUGAGGGGCAAGGGACGUGUGACAAUCCAAUUUGGUUGUUGUUACAACUAUGCAACAGACAAGAAAGGCAACUCGCCAGGGAUUCUCAAGAGUGUAACUGUUGACCCAUUGCCUGAUCUUCUUAAGAACAUGAUUAGAAGGCUUGUAAAAUGGCAUGUAUUGCCUCCAGAUUGUGUUCCAGACAGCUGUGUUGUCAAUAUUUAUGAUGUGGGAGAUUGCAUACCACCUCAUAUCGACAGUAAUGAUUUUGUUCGUCCAUUUUGUACUGUUUCUUUCCUCAGCGAGUGCAAUAUAGUUCUUGGAUCAAACUUGAAAACUGUAGGUCCGGGUGACUUUGCUGGUGCAAUUGCAAUUCCCUUGCCAAUGGGGUCUGUACUCGUCUUGAAUGGGAAUGGAGCUGAUGUGGCUAAACAUUGUGUGCCAGCUGUUCCUACUAAAAGAAUAUCAAUUACAUUUAGGAGAAUGAAUAAAUCUAGAAGACCAAUUGGAUGUGCUCCUGAGCAGGAUCUACUAGGUCUUCAGCCUUUAUCCCAUGAAGCAGAUAGAUAUGAGAAAUCAAAAACCUAUAAACCAUGGCAUUCAAAGCAGUUGACAAGGACCUGAAAACAGGUGGGAAGACGAGAAGAGAAUAAGGAAAUAGUAAAGAUAUCAUUCAAAGCCAUAUUACAUAAAUCGAAAUUGACAAGGACCUGUAAAUAGGGGAAGUGUCAGGGUUUAAAUAGAUGAUUAGACGCAUGUCGUGACUAUGCAGGUUGGUCCAUCAUCUUCUGCAAUUAUGGAAACUGUUGGUAUUGUUGUGUUCUCAUUUUAUCUUUUAAACCUGGAGAUGGACGGAUGGAUGGAUCUGCUUUAGGCUCGAUAUGUGAUCUUGAGUUUCCAUGCUAAUUUGCAGCUUGGAGAAAUAUUGGUGGAAAUUGAUCUCAUUCGUACUUUAAAAUUGCAACUUGGGUGAGAAAAGUCAACCUUGAUUACUUUUGAUUGUGUUCAAUUCCAUAUGAUGUAAUUCUACUAGCAGAAAUGAGAGUUAUACGCGUAUACUAUGUGGAAAAGGACCAAGUGAAAUGCACAAAUGAUAAUUUUUGGGUUAACAUUUCAGUUA